AUGCCAAAACGCACGUGUACGCAUGUAACCAUAACGAGCAUAAUCCUUCUUCUACUUCACAUCCUUCCACAAAAUGCGGGUAUAAAAAUUAAGAGACUGAGCGAAGCAUUUAAUUUUAUCGAACCAGCCAUCUGGAAAGGUACCUCCAAAUAUGAAAUAAAUUCCAAUCUUAACUUUCUGCGGAAAAUAGAGAAGAGGAAUCUCCUUAAGAUAAGGACUUCCCCAAAUGAGGAGCACGUGCAAGAUAGUAACGUUUCAUCCAAUGGUGAAGAAAAUGUUUCGCUGGAGGAGGAGCGCAGGAGGAAUGAUGACGUGGACAAUCAUGUAUCGAGCUAUCAGCAGGGGGAAAUACGUUCAAGGGGAAGUACUACGGUAGAAGGAAGAAUAGACAAAAGAGAGUAUCUAAAUGGGGAAAUAUUAAACGAAGAAGAAAUAAAUGAAAACAUGAGGUUUCAGCAGUGGAGUGACCGACUGCAACUUUCGGAGGAAGACGAUUUAUACUACGACGUAGCACACGAGUGUGUAAGUACAAAAAAGUACUAUAAAAUAUAUCAAGUGAAUUCUAACUUUUACAAAAGGGAGUUCAUGUUGACUGAUAUGUCUUCCGUCAAUUUGGUCCCAUUUUUGAACAAAAAGGAGAGCGAACAGGCGUGCCAGUCCCUGACGAAAAAUUUUGGAGGAAAAAUGACUUAUGAUAUGUUCGUGGGGGGGAAAGGGGCAUCAUCAACUGAGGCGACUAAAGACGCGAUAACAGACGCGAUAACAGACACGAUAACAGACGCGGAUACCAGCAAUGAGGGGAAGAGUGUAAAUUCGCCUUCCCAAAAUAAUGUAACGAAAAAUAGCGCAUCCGCUGGAGAAGUUUCUUACGAAGAGACACUGCUGAGCGAAGAACAAGUGGGGCAAUUGUCCGACAUAAACUUCGCCCUCCGGGCGAACAUGCUUUUCCCGACGGAGUCACUACGCAGCUCCAUAUAUAUUGGAAAGGAAGCCUUCAACGACUUCCUCGAAAAGGGAACUGAGUCCAUCAAGUUGGCCAUGAACAAGCACUUGCAUCACUACUAUAGACACAACCUGAAAAGUAAUUUGGAAGACAAAAUCUUCCUCAUGUACAUUCUGAAGUAUAUAAAAAAUUACAUUUUAAAAAUAGUAUACAAAACGUUCCAAGUCAAACUAAGCAACGAAAUGGAGAUCGAAAAUGACUCCAGUAUACAUCCAAGUGGAAGCAACAAAAUGGUUAGUAGCGAAACGUAUAUAGAGCUAGCAUCAGAAUUUGAAGAAAUCAUAAAUAUAUUAACGCACUUCAUUGAAAAAAUGAAAGAAAUGUUCAAAAUUCGAGAAAAAGAAUUGGAAGAUUAUUUGUCCAAAAAGAAGGAAAUUAUAAAUUAUUCAACUCCAUAUGUUUUACAAAAUAAUCAACAAGCAGAAAAACAUAUUAUGAACAUGUGGAAUUAUUUUAAUUUUAAAAUUUUUAAUAAUCAAUUGCCAAAUUUUGACUCCAUCAAUUUCUUCUGGAUAUCAGACAAAGUAGAAAAACUAAAGAAAAUUCCAAAUAUGAAAAUGUACAAAAUUGGAAAUAAACACUUUUUGAACUUACCCAGUGUCAUGUUCCAUGCUGCAUUGAAAACGUCUCCCCUGCUAUUAAAUUACACCAUCUUAAAGGUUAUGUAUGAGUACCAGAAAUUAUUGUGCGUGGAUAUUUUACCCUUCAAGGAAAUAAAGAAUUAUAAUAUGUCCAAAAAAAUUGAUGAGAAGAAACAGAAAAUCAUUAAGUUCGUUCAUGGGAUUUCUGGCUUGCUCGAAAAUAUAGACUUCCAUUUUUAUGCUCCCUAUUUGGGCGACCUCAAUUUGGACAACGAGGAGGCAGCCAAGUUUUACUCCUAUAUUAAGGAUAUCAAUGGGGAUGACAGGAAGAUGUUCCGUCCUUUAGAAUACAGCAAGGAACUUUCCUCUUCCCAUGAGGAGGGCAUCAUGGAAGACACCGGUUUAAUAAGCAACAAUGUAGGCUACACAAAGGGGGAAGUGGCUAACCUAGAAGAUUCCCCCUUCGAUAUGAUCCCUGUGGAUGAUGACGAGCCCGAUCAAGAUGACCUCACAAUGCUUCUCCUCAAAUCCAACGCCAUCAGCGACAUCAAUCGAGCCGUCCAAUUAACCACCAAUGUGUACAGGAAGAAAAACGUAGCCCACCUCUGGGGUAACUCCGCAGACGUCACAAGCCCAGAAGCAAACGAAGCAGAAGGCAGGACCGCGCUAAGAGUAAGAACAGACCCUGAUAAAACCAAACCAGGGGCCUCUUACCAAUUGAAGGAGAACAACCCAGAACUUCAGCGGUUCAGAAUACCGCUGAACGAAUUUGCGUCUUCCCUUUUCUUGUGCGACGUGAACAACUCCACCAAGCUUCUAACGCAGGGAAUCGAAAAGCUAAAGCAGCUAAAAGAGUUCGACUUAACCUACGUACAUAACGCCCUCACGUACGCAUGCAUGCGGUUUUUACACGAAAGUGGUAAUGAAAAUGAAGAUGUGGAGAGUCUUUUAAAAAAAUAUGAAAAAAAUGAAAAGGUAGAAACGACCAACAAUAUUAUGACGCUGCAAAUGAUGGUGGUCAUAGGGGAACUCUUCCGAAACAUCAGGAAGGCGAGGACCAACGAGAAGUACUCUUUUAAAAGAAUACUACAGACAGAUGUCAUUACAGAUAUAUACAAAGAUUCCAGUGUCUACGAUGAGCAUAUGAACAUUAACAAAAUGGAUUACGUGAUGAAUAAUUUAAAAAUUGCCUACCCCAUGAAAAGCAACAUUAUGUUGACGCGAAAAAAUAGAGAAGAGAUCGCCUACUAUUUUUUGAACUAUUACACCAAGUAUCUUUUCCGUUUUGACUUACCAAACAAUAUUGUAAUAAAAUUUACGGACAAAAUAUCUGGGCUAAGUUUUUACGAUUACAAUUUUGACUACGUAUCCAAUGACGUGGUCAUUUAUGUGCACAACGAUGUUAGUAACUCCUUCGUGCUAUCUAGGGUCAUUCUGGACGAGUGCCUCAAUGUAUAUGAGAAGUAUACCACGUACGUGCACAAGUAUGGAGGAAACACGGAUAACUCCACGGUUAGAGAAGCCAAGAGCAAACUGAAGAAGGAGGGGAAUACGGGUGAUGAAUCAAAUAUGCAUGGGCAGAGCACUGAAAGGGGAAAUAAUCAGUCGGGAAAGAAAGACGAAAAGGGUAACGUCAAAUUGGAGGAAGGAUUUCUGGAAGAUGAAGACCCAGAUGAGGAAGAGAUGAAUCACCUGGAUGCGGAAGAGGAGAACAUCGACGCAGAGAAUAUCAACUUGGAUAACAUCAAAGAGGUGGAUAGCUCAGGAGAGUUGCCAGCCGAGAGUGACGCAGAUGACCAACCUGUGGAUGACGAACAUGUGGAUAUCUUCAAUUACGUGAAAAUAAAUCGAAUAAAACAGUUCAUUCGAUUUGUGGUGGAAUAUAACCAGUGGCCCUUCUUCCUAGAUGAGACAAUUAACCUGGAUUCAUAUCUGAAUAGUCAAGAACUGGAGAUGCUAAAAAACGUAAAACAUUAUAACAGCCUAAAUAAUUUUUUCGUAAAACUGAAAGAAGCAAAAAUAGACCAGAAGCGAAUCAUGGAAAUUAUACAAAGUGCCAUCAAAAGGGAGGAUUGCAAGGAGAUAUGGGACGAGAAGAAAAUCCCCAUCAAACACAUCGCCUCUGCGUUAUUCACAAAUAACUACAUCAAUCUAUUUAAGAUUUUCCAGAGGGGCAUAAAGGUAUUACUAAAUAUGAACUUAGAUGAAAUUGAUCUAAUUAUGAACAAAUGCAAAUAUGCAUGCGAAAUUGUCUACUAUAAAAGACUGGAAGAGCUGAAAUCAUCUAACAAUAAUCUCAUCUUUACAAUGUACAACGAAAACGUAAGCUCAAUUGAAUAUUAUUUUGACAAACUAAAGGAGAAAAUUAUUUUAAUCAGCUUGAUAAAGAAGGAAGAUAUUUUUGGAACCCUCAUCAAUUUGAUAUCUGGCAUUUUCCCUAACAAGACUAAAUCGGUAAGUGAAUUUGAAAAUAGCACCCAAAAUACAAAAUCGAAGGAGAAAAUUGACGAACUCAUUUUCUUGUACGACUCUGAAAGGAAGAAAUGUGGAUUCACAACGGAAUUAAAUAGAUCCAGCGUCACACAGAAUUUAUUUCACUUUUUCAACAAAGAAAUAUUUGAAGGAAAAAUAAAAAAUGUUCAAAUCGAGUUCGUCAAAAAUGACGAAACUCUUUCCACGCAUUUGAAUUUUGUCAACUCUUUUGAAAGUCCAAAAAUUUUAAUCAAUGAAAAUGUGUAUUCUGUCACCAUACUGGCGAACGUAUUGCUCAAAGAAAUGGCCGAGAUUUUUUACUUCUAUAAUGAAAACAAAAUCGAGAGGGAAAAUAAGCUCUACUUAAAGAAGGACUUCAAGAGCGCCUACCUGCCUGUCGUUUUCAAGUAUGCUAAGUGUUUCCAGGGCGGGGAGGAUAAUAAAGCGGCCUUCGACUUUGGGGAGGAUCACACGCAGGAGAAGCAUCUAGAGGGACAAGACCGAGAGAAGAAUCAAGAGCAGGAUGUGGUGGCCCUACCAACCCACUUAGCCACCCCGGGAGCAGCUGCUCUCCCACUGCAGAAAGAAGAAAUCAUCGCGGAGAAGGACAAAAUGGACAUCGAGAACCUGAUGGACCGAAUUGCCAACUACAACCAUGAAGAAAUGUUCAAAGAAAUUUUAGAAUUUCGAAAAGAGAAAUAUAAUGACAAAGCAGAGGUGCAAAAGUGUCUGGAGGAAUACCUAUACACAUACGACAAGUUGAAUACCAUUAAAUACGGUACACCUGAAGUGAGUGAGAAGAAAGAAAAAAAUGAGCAAUCGGAUGACACCGCAACGACGAGUACAGAUCCUGGAACGCCGAAUAUAGACCCUUCAACGUCAAAUAUAGACCCCGCAAUGGAAUUGUAUUUCGAACCAAACGAUCUCAAAAGUAUUUAUCUCAAUUAUAUGUAUAAAUACAUCGAAUACGUCAUUAAAAAAAAAGAAUUCCCCAUUGCAUUUAACGAAAUAAACGAGGAAUGGAUUAAUGCAUUGACGGAGCUGGAGAAUCAAAAAAUUAUGGUCUAUUCCACAAAAAAUAAUAGUGGACAUUUGUAUGACCUACUCAUUAAUAGCAAAGCAUGUUCUUCAAAGAGGGCCCUGGACAUUCUGGAAUAUAGUUUACAAAAACGAGACAGCGAUGACACACUAGUGGAGAGGACCUUAUCUCGCAGUGAGGACAAUGAUGCCAUAAAAAGUUUCGAUGAAUUCGUCCUGUGGAUAAAUAAAAAUAAGAGAAAAAACUUCGAAAAGUUAGACCACCAGGAAUUGUUAAAUUCUGAUGCCCCUGAAAAUGCGAACGAAGAUAUUAAGGACGUUAUAAAAGAUUACAAUGCUCUGUACGACGCUAAUGCUACGAGGAAUUUAGACCCCAACAGCGUUACUGUUGACAAUUUAAAAGAUUUGGUUAAGAAGCACAACAUUUCGAAGGAGGAGAUACUGUCCGCCAUGAGUCAGCUGGAUAUGCCCGAUGACUUCGACGUCGAUUCGCUAUUCAAGUGA